GGCGGAGCGAGCGGGGCGGCGGGGCUGCCGCGCAGUGUCCGGGAUCCAGGCCUGGCGGGGGUUCUGCGCGCAGCCGGCCGGCUCUGCCCGCUCCCGUGUCGGCUCCCAAGCGGGGCCUCGCUCGGGCCCCUCCAUGUGACGGUGCCCCGCGGAGCCUGAGCGAGCAGCGGGUCCGUGCGGAGCCGGAGGCGGGAGGAACAUGACAUCGCGGAGAUGGUUUCACCCCAACAUCACUGGUGUGGAGGCAGAGAAUCUCCUGCUGACCAGAGGCGUCGAUGGCAGCUUUUUAGCAAGGCCCAGUAAGAGUAACCCCGGAGACUUCACUCUGUCUGUGAGAAGAAAUGGAGCCGUCACCCACAUUAAGAUCCAGAACACUGGGGACUACUAUGACCUCUAUGGUGGGGAGAAAUUUGCCACCCUGGCUGAGCUGGUCCAGUAUUAUAUGGAGCAUCACGGGCAGCUGAAGGAGAAGAACGGAGAUGUUAUUGAGCUCAAGUACCCUCUGAACUGUGCAGACCCUACCUCAGAAAGGUGGUUCCACGGUCACUUGUCUGGAAAAGAAGCCGAGAAGCUGCUGACAGAGAAGGGGAAGCAUGGCAGCUUCCUCGUCCGCGAGAGCCAGAGCCACCCCGGAGACUUCGUGCUCUCUGUGCGCACCGGCGAUGACAAAGGGGAGAGCACUGACGGCAAGUCCAAAGUGACCCACGUCAUGAUCCGCUGUCAGGAGCUGAAAUACGACGUUGGUGGAGGAGAGCGCUUUGACUCUUUGACAGACCUGGUGGAGCAUUACAAGAAGAACCCCAUGGUGGAGACACUGGGCACAGUCCUGCAGCUCAAACAGCCCCUCAACACAACUCGUAUUAAUGCUGCUGAAAUCGAAAGCCGGGUUCGUGAGUUAAGCAAGCUGGCUGAGACCACAGAUAAAGUCAAGCAGGGCUUUUGGGAAGAAUUUGAGACGCUACAGCAACAGGAAUGCAAACUUCUCUACAGCCGAAAAGAAGGACAGAGACAAGAAAAUAAAAACAAAAACAGAUACAAAAACAUCCUGCCCUUCGAUCACACCAGGGUUGUCCUGCAUGAUGGGGACCCCAACGAGCCUGUUUCUGAUUACAUCAAUGCCAACAUCAUCAUGCCCGAGUUUGAAACCAAGUGCAACAAUUCAAAACCCAAAAAGAGUUACAUUGCCACCCAAGGCUGCCUGCAGAACACGGUGAAUGACUUCUGGCGGAUGGUGUUCCAGGAGAACUCUCGAGUCAUUGUCAUGACCACAAAGGAAGUGGAGAGAGGGAAGAGCAAAUGUGUCAAGUACUGGCCUGAUGAGUAUGCGCUCAAAGAAUAUGGGGUCAUGCGUGUUAGGAACGUCAAAGAAAGUGCUGCUCAUGACUACACCUUACGAGAGCUCAAACUCUCUAAGGUCGGACAAGCUCUACUCCAGGGAAAUACAGAGAGAACCGUCUGGCAGUACCACUUUCGGACCUGGCCAGACCACGGCGUGCCCAGUGACCCUGGAGGUGUGCUGGACUUCCUGGAGGAGGUCCACCACAAGCAGGAGAGCAUCACGGAUGCAGGCCCUGUCGUGGUCCACUGCAGUGCUGGGAUCGGCCGGACAGGAACGUUCAUUGUGAUUGACAUCCUUAUUGACAUCAUUCGAGAGAAAGGUGUGGACUGUGACAUCGACGUUCCUAAAACCAUUCAGAUGGUGCGGUCCCAGAGGUCAGGGAUGGUCCAGACAGAAGCACAGUACCGGUUCAUCUACAUGGCCGUCCAGCAUUACAUAGAGACGCUGCAGCGCAGGAUCGAGGAGGAGCAGAAAAGCAAAAGGAAAGGACAUGAAUAUACCAAUAUUAAGUAUUCCCUGGUGGACCAGACAAGUGGCGAUCAGAGUCCCCUGCCACCUUGUACCCCAACGCCACCCUGUGCAGAAAUGAGGGAGGACAGCGCUCGAGUCUACGAGAAUGUGGGCCUCAUGCAGCAGCAGAGGAGUUUCAGAUGAGCCCCACGGGCGGCAGCACACAGAUGCGAACUUCACCCCUUCCCUAAAGUGUCAAGAAUAGACGAAAGUUUCCAGGACCUGUGUGUUCAGAAGCUCGCCAGGGCUGACUGACCGCCUUUUGAGAAGCCAAGUUUGGAACCAUUCUGACAGCACGUGCCUAAUUGGGCCUCCUUUCCUCAGCUAAGGAGAAACCGCUCUGCGUUCUCGACAAUGCUAUUUUCGUAGAAUUGGUUUUGAAUUGUGGAAGCAGCUAAAUUGUGCUCUGUAUUUUCUACAUUAUGGGACUCAAAUUCUAGUUAUGGGCAGGAUUUUGUUUGUUUCUUUUUAUGACUUUAUCAGACCUGAUUUUUUUUUUCUUUCUCUCUCUUUGGGGAAUCAUGGGCCCCUUGUAAGAAGAAAGGAUUUAGGGAAGUUCAGGCACAGCCUCCCCGAAAAGCCAGCAGUCUGUAAACCACUGGUUGUCUUGCUGCCCUGCCCAGGCUCCCAGUGCCCUGACUGGUGGCUGCUUAAAGUCCCGGAUCAUCAGAGAGCCUCACUGUGUAGAUCCAGGGACCAGGAGGCCAGGCUGUUGGGUCGCACCUGGUGAGGCCUCUGGGUGUGCCACACUGGUGGGACAGCACCAAGCUGGGGCUCACUUUUGUGGCAUGAGUCCCCAGUGCCCUCAAGACCCAGAUGCCCCUUAGUGUCUCACCCGUCAACACCACGGCACUGGGGAUUCUUUGUGCCCCUUGCAGAUGCAUGUUGGAGCACAUUCAAAAGACUGACCCAGUCAAGGCCGUUCACUUUUGGUGGCUUCUUUUCUUUAGUGAAACGAUCAUUCAGCCAUUGUAAGAGAGGGUCAAGGGAUAGAAAGUCAUGGCUAAAAGCCCUGGGAAUUGGCAUGUAAAAAGUCUCUCUUCUGAAGAUGACUCCUUGGCUUCAGGUGUGGACAGAGAAGCUGUUCUGGGAAAGUGACCAUGUUGUCUUUGUUCUGGAGUAUUAGUAAGAUCCCUGAGUGAGUGGCUCCUCACUUGGUCCUGACCGCCCCACCCCCAUUCUUCAGUACAGCAGGUACUGUUCUGUGGGGGUCACUUGGGAAGUUGGCAUUAUGGUCAGGAUGCUGGACUUCUGUUUCAAUGUGUUUUCCUGGUGUCUUCUCCUGGGUGUCUGUGUAGCCUUACCAGCAGGGUGUCUGGGCCCUUACGUGUCUCCCAAGGUAAAAAGGCAGAAGUGGCCAGGCCUUCUUCAGACUCAGGCCUGGAGUGACGACGACUUCUUCUGUGGCUGCCCUGAGAGAAUCAGGCUCAGCCCCAGGUAUGAAGUGGAGGUCCCAUGUUCUGGGGCCACAGUUAUCAGACAGCCCCAGCCUGUGGCAUAGAAGCAAGCCGUCGUGGUUAGCAAGAGCCCGGGCUGCUUGUAGCAGCUGGUGUAACUGUAAGCUGGUGUAAACUGAGAUGUACAGCAGGCCGCCUAGAAGCCUCCGAGCCCAUUUUUCUGCCUCCACGCUACACUUGUGCUGCAGCAUGCACCUGCAGCCCUGUGUGGGAGGGUGGUGGGUUCAUGGGAGCGCAUUCCUGAGGCACCGCAGGUGGGGGAAGGUGAUACUUCCUGGGCCUUGGCUGAGUGAAUAGCUGCAGUCCUGGCCAGGCCUCCUGUCAGUUUCAGUCAGCCGCUUCGGCCCUAACCAAACAGCAGGAUUUGCUAAUGUUCUGCCGUAAGUGCCUUCUCCAGAGACGUCCCUCUGUCCAGUGUUGAUCCUUGAGUGCGUGUUCCAGCGAGAGCUUCCAGAUGCGGUGCUCAUGGUCGAGCAAUGGCACAGUCUCCACUUGAUUCUCCUUGCUUCAGUUCCUGAAAGGAAAGACUGCACCUGCCCUGCCGCUGCCCCGUCUGGGCCUCCUGCUCCCUGGCAGCCUGAGGUAGUUAGAGCACAAGGGCUGCCAUUUUCUUUGAGCAUGAGCAUCAAUCCGUGCUCCUUCUCCACUGAACUCAGCUGCUUCAGAGCACAGCGUGGCCUGGCGGGAAUGUGGAGACCGCUGCCUCCUCGGCGAGCCUGGAAUGAGAUGAGUUCAGUGUUCACAGCCGGGAUCCCAGGUCCUACUCUUUAUAGCACAUCGUCACAAUGAACUAUGUUGAGUUGGUGGGAAUGUCUAGACUCUGGACUUAGAGGGCAAAGUUUCUCACCAGCACACAGAGGUUAACUGAGCGGCUGAUCUAUUGAGCUAACAUUUCUACCUGCAGCUUAAGAUCCUGGAGCAGAGAGACCUGCCCUUGGCCCCUGUGUUCAGUACAGCAAGUGUUUUCCUUCGGAUUCCCCCCUAGAAGCCAGCCAGCUGUCAUUCCAAUAGGGAAACAGGAGUCCCUAGGUCUCCCGGAUCUGUCAGUGUUGUGGAAGGUAGGUGCAGGGUCUCAGGAGAGGGCACUUUGUGUGCGGUGCAGUGUGGUGCGAUGCAGUGCAGUGUCUAGGAAGAUGAGGUAUUGGAGGUGUGGAUUUGAAACAGUGGGAAUGAGAGUUGCACAGGUGGAUCAUGAGCAGGUCAGAGGCACAGGGCCAGCAUUGAACAGGCUGCAUGUGACACACAUGCAGCUCCCCUCCCUGCUGAGCCUUUAAAUUAGAAGCAUAGGAUUUUCUAUUUGGGGAGGGUGGGGUGGGUCAUUGUCUAGCACAUGGUAUUGGUUUCUAGAAAGCUAUACAUGAGAGUCGUAGUGCUUGUCACAUGGGUGUGCAGCCUUCCUAAUGCCCCAGGUCGCCUCUGUCAUUGCAGUUGGUGCCUUCCUAAUGGAAAACUGGGUUAGGAAGCGGUGCCACCAGCAGCCCGGAGAUGCUCAGCAUUGUUUCUAAGGCUUUUCUGGGAGUUCAAGAACAUAAGACUUGUUUCCCCGGGACAGGACUGAGGCAGGUGCGCUAGGAGGGAAGCACAGGCAGAAGUGUGGGCUCCGCUCCUGUUGACCGUCGGGUCCUUUUACAUUGUGCUGGUCUCAGAUGCCUGUCAGAGUCUGUGCUAGCCUGUUUUGUUGAGUCCUUCCCCCUCUUAGAGGAGACCCCGAGUAGAGCUCACUGCGUCUCCCGUCACUAGCAGCCGCUGCCCUUGCGGGUGCUGGGGACACAGGUGAAGCAGAGAGCAGUUCCUGUUGGUGCUGUGGAACCUGGCUGUGCAUCAAAGUAGUCUUCACAACUCCUCCUCCUAAACCUCAAUCAUGGGAUUAAUAAUAUGCCUGUUUAUUUAUGACCUAAUUGUGACUCUAAUUAAUAAAAGCUCAUGGGAAAGGCCAUCCAAGAAGCUGAUGACCAUACUCACAUUUGACUUUCCCACAUCAUAUGAAGCAUCAGGCAGAGUAUUAAAGAAAUAUAAUAUUUUACUGAUAAACCUGUCCUUUAAAAGGAACGUGUUUUUGGGUGUCAUCAUUUUGGUGUGAAUCAUGUAAGUGUUGGCUGUUUGCUGUUUAUUACACUUUAGUGUCAGGAGACGCACUCAGCUGGCUUUCUGCCCACGCAUAUCGUGUAGUCUGUGGAUCUUUAAGCGAUAUUAACAGAAUAGUUUGUGUAGAGAAACCUCAAGUUGUUGCCUCCCCAGCUGCGCCGUGAGUGUACCUGCAUAUACUCCGGGUAUCAUCAGAGGCCAUGGAUUUGUGAGCUGUCUGGAACUAAAAAUUAGAAUAAACCCAUCCAUUUUCUUGUA